GCCCUCACUUCCGGGCACUGGCACGGCGUGACGUCAGGAGGAGGGCAGAUCUCUUCCUGGUUCCUGUGGAGAAAACCGAGCGUGGCAGUCAAGGGCAAGCCAGGAGACCAGGGAGGAGGCAGCUGUGCUGGUCCAGACAAACACCGCUCUUGGGAGGAUCGUCUGAGCCGCUGCCACCGCACAUAGCCCACGGAAUCUUCACCGGAAAGCCGUGGCCCCUCCACCAGGCUGCCCAGGAGGGCAGGACUGGCCAGGGUAGUUAACAUUGCACAGUCCGUGUCUUACCGUCUUUUCAGUCCAGCCGUGUUGAAGGAGAGGACCGGUAGGCAACUCCCAAGAUGGGUGAAAGGAAAGGUGUAAACAAGUACUACCCUCCAGAUUUCAAUCCAGAAAAGCAUGGCUCUCUUAACCGCUACCACAACAGCCACCCGCUACGGGAGCGGGCUCGGAAGCUGUCACAAGGCAUCCUCAUCAUCAGGUUUGAGAUGCCUUAUAACAUCUGGUGUGACGGCUGCAAGAACCACAUCGGCAUGGGUGUUCGCUACAAUGCAGAAAAGAAGAAGGUUGGCAAUUACUACACAACCCCAAUCUACAGGUUCCGGAUGAAAUGCCACCUCUGCGUCAACUACAUCGAGAUGCAGACGGACCCCGCCAACUGUGACUAUGUGAUUGUGAGUGGCGCCCAGCGCAAGGAGGAGCGCUGGGACAUGGCGGACAAUGAGCAGGUGCUGACGACAGAGCACGAGAAGAAGCAAAAGCUGGAGACGGAUGCCAUGUUCCGCCUGGAGCAUGGCGAGGCCGACCGGAGCACACUGAAGAAGGCCCUCCCCACCCUGAGCCACAUCCAGGAGGCCCAGAGCGCCUGGAAGGAUGACUUCGCACUCAAUAGCAUGCUACGGAAGAGGUUCCGGGAAAAGAAAAAAGCCAUGCAGGAGGAGGAAGAGAGGGACCAGGCGCUGCAGGCUAAGGCAAGCCUGGCCAUCCCACUGGUACCUGAGACGGAAGACGACCGCAGGCUGGCCGCCCUGCUCAAGUUCCACACCCUGGACUCCUACGAGGACAAGCAGAAACUCAAGCGGUCAGAGAUCAUCAGCCGCUCCUGGUUCCCCUCUACCCCGGGACCUGCCACCAGCAGCAGCAAAGCCGGAAGUGUCCUGAAGAAGUUGGCCCAGAACCGCCGAUCUGCACCGGCCAGCUCUCCCAUCACUGUAGGGGACCUGGGCAUCGUGCGGCGGAGAUCCCGGGAGGUCUCAGAGAGCCCCCAGCCCACAACAGAGACCCCCAUGUCUGGGGAGCCAUGGGUGCCAGAGAGGAACACCCAGGACGGGCCCACAUCCCCCCAAGACUGCUCUGCAGAGACAGCUGAGACCCCCAAAAGCAGGGGGCCUCCAAUGCAGGAGGGGAAAUGUCAGGACAGGCCCCAGUCCCCACCAGGCUCCUCCCAGGAGGCAGCCACCCCCCAGGACACACCACAGCCAUGCACCUUCAGCUCCUCUCUUGUGGCUGAUUACUCCGACUCAGAGAGUGAAUGAGCAGCUCUGGGGACCAGACCUGCUCCAGAGGCUGCUACACGCCCCCAAGGAGGCCCCUCAGACUGCAGCCCUGCUUGCCCACCACCCCUGGGAGAGCUCAGACGCCGCCCCCCUCCCCAGACCUCACCUUCCUGCGACGGUGGAGUUAUUUAUUUGGUCCUGGAGAGGGUGUUUGUGCCUUGUGGGACGACAUCCCAACAUUAAAGCCCUGCUGCUUUGUCCCUG